GGAAGCUGGGGCAGGCGCCCGCUUCCGGGGUGGAGGGAGGGGGCUCGCGCUCGCGGUCAGGUGGUGGCAGGGCGCACGGGCGAGGGGCGCGCCGGGAAAUUCGGCCCGCCCCCCGCCAGCCCUUCUGCUUUGUCCACGUCCACGUGUUCAAGCUCCGCCCCGUCCUGAGCUCGAGGGUCGAGCUCGCGGCGCGGCGGCGUGCGCGCGAGGCCCACCGCUGGCCCCCUCGCUCGCCUGAGCGGUCUCCCCCGGCCACGGGCAUGGCGCUGGCGCGGCGGCGAGUGCCGGAGGGCCCCGCGGGUCCGCCGUGGCGGGCGGGGCGCUGGCUGGUGCUGUGGGGCGCCCUGUGCCUUGGCCCGCGGGCGGCCGAGGCCCUAGUGGAGGGCUUGUACUGCGGGAAGCUGGUGUGCUACGACGUGCUCGGCGUGAGCCGCGAGGCCAGCAAGGCUGAAAUCGCCCGCGCCUACCGGCAGCUGGCCCUGCGCUACCACCCGGACCGCCAGCGCGACCCGGACGGCAGAGGGGCCGAGAGCGCCGAGGAGAAAUUCCUUCUCAUCGCCACCGCCUACGAGACCCUCAAGGAUGAAGAGACUCGUAAGGAUUAUGAUUAUAUGUUGGAUCAUCCUGAGGAGUAUUACAGCCAUUACUAUCACUAUUAUAGUAGAAGAUUGGCACCCAAGGUAGAUGUCAGAAUAGUGAUUCUCGUCACUGUAUGUGCCAUCUCUGUUUUUCAGUUUUUCAGCUGGUGGAAUAGCUACAAUGAAGCUAUCAACUAUCUAGCAACAGUGCCAAAAUAUCGCAUACAAGCCACUGAGAUUGCCAAGCAACAAGGGCUGCUGAACAGAGCCAAAGAAAAGGGCAAAAACAGGCGCUCCAAGGAAGAAAUCCGCAAGGAAGAAGAGGAAGUAAUCAAAGAUGUUAUCAAAAACAAAAUAGAUAUCAAGGGUGGUUAUCAGAAACCCCAGAUAUAUGACAUUCUCUUAUUUCAAAUCCUCUUAGCACCUUUUUAUCUGUGCAAGUACAUAGCAUGGUAUUGUUGGUGGAUUUAUUGUUUCAAUAUCAAAGGACAAGAGUAUGGUGAAGAAGAGAAGUUGUAUAUCAUACGCAAAUACAUGAAAAUGUCACCGUCUCAGUUUGACAGUUUGGAAGAUCACCAGAAAGAGACUUUUCUUGAACGACAGCUCUGGAUAAGAGAGAACUAUGAGCUUUACAAACAAGAACAAGAGGAAGAACUGAAGAAAAAGAUGGCAAUGGAUCCUCGAUGGAAAAGAUACAGGCGGUGGAUGAGGAAUGAAGGCCCUGGAAGACUAACAUUUAUUGAUGAUUGACAGUUGCUGUAACAUAUACAGUCUUGUUCCAGAAGAUUGACACAAAAACAAACCCAUACCUAAAACGUUCAGAGUUUAACUGCUGUGUCUCAGCAGUGUGCUAAAACUCAGGAAUUAUUCAAUCAGGCAGAAAACUAGUAACAUUUUCUGAUUUUUUAAAUGUAUAUAUAUAAAAUAAAAGCAACUCUGUUAAUUAGACUUAACUGUUUUGUUCCACUGUGGACUUACUGUUGAAUUAAGAAUGUCUGACAUGGCUAUCUUAAUAGCCUUCAUAUUAGGGUAAUAAACACAUAGGACAUACAAAUAUUGAAAUCUGGGGGCUUAAAUUAGGCAAGAAUAAUCAAAUCUUGGAAGAUUUACUACACCAUUGGUUUCCCUUACCCCUUUUACAAACACAAAGUUGAAAAUUUGCUGCUUGGUUUAGAGAGCUUCCUACAGCUUACAUAAAGGAUCAAAGCCUUGUGAUAGGAUCCUUUAUAUAUUGACUUGAGGUAACGAAGUUGAAUUUCAUAUGAUGACUUUGCUACAGCAAUGCUGUUAUUUGUUAUUUAGAAUAGUUACACUGCUUUUUAACAAAAAAGUUGGUUCCAUGUCCCCAAAGGAAUCAUAAUCUAAAGAAAACCAGAAGAAAGACACCAGCAGUAGCCACUAACUGGAACACUAUGUUCUCUUGAAAUUGUUUCACCCUGCUAAAUAUGAGAGCUGUCACUUUAGCAAGGUGCCUCUUUACCCAGUUAGUGGGAAUUUGUAUGGUUUUUAGCAGUAAAAAAACUAACCAACAGGUGGUGAACAUAGUUAACACCAGUGUAAUAGUCAAAAGUGCUUCUGGAUGCCAUGUGGGUGACUCGUCUAAUCGCUUGCUCUAGGAUCAUGGGAAAAUCCUCAGGCAUACUUUGACUCUUCUGCAGGCCUACAGCUUCUGAAAUUGAAACUUGCUGGGCAUCUAAAGGUAGCAGACUGGAACAUUGUUUUUAUGAGCUGCCCCAGGCCGU